GAGGACAUUUGUGAGCUUGUUUUUCAGGCCAAAUUCCAGAGCUGUGAGUUCAGAGACCCGGGGAGAGGGGAGGUCAUCACCGCGGAGCUCCUCCUCCUCCAAUCUGCCUUCGUCACCACGGCUGCAGGACCGGAGCAACUCGGCACCAACAGCCACAGCAGCUGGGCUGCAAUCCCCACCACCUCCUCUCGGUGCCCAGGGAAGACUCGCUGCAGCAGCCAGGUGCUUCCCGUCAUUUAUCACGGCGACAGACAUGGCCUCCGACGGUAUGGACGAGCGCUCUCCGCUGCUGUCGGCCCCCAACUCCGAGAAUGUGACCCCCACUGCUCCCCCGUACCUGCAGGAUUCAAGUCCCCGAGCCGAACUACCUCCUCCUUACACAGCCAUCGCCAGCCCCGACGCCGGCGGUGUGCCCGUCAUCAACUGCCGCGUCUGCCAGUCCAUCAUCAACCUGGACGGCAAGAUGCACCAGCAUGUCGUCAAGUGCACAGUCUGCAACGAAGCUACGCCCAUCAAGAACCCCCCUACAGGAAAGAAGUAUGUGAGGUGUCCCUGCAACUGCCUGCUCAUCUGCAAAGACACGUCCAGGAGGAUAGGAUGUCCUCGACCAAACUGCAGACGCAUCAUCAACCUGAGCCCGGUGAUGGUAAUCCCUGAGGAGCAGCCAGCCCAGCCGGCGCUGCCCAUUCAACCCGAGGGGAUGAGAGUGGUGUGUGGUCACUGUGGAAAUACCUUCCUGGGCAGCGAGGACGCCAGGUCCUCUCAGCCGAUGUCUGGUCUCCCCAGCGAUGGUUCUCUUCCAGCGCAGCAAGAGUGGAUGGAGCUUCGAUUUAACACACUAGCCAAGUGUCCCCACUGCAAAAAAAUAUCGUCUGUUGGCAGCGCUCUCCCCAGGAGGCGCUGUUGUGCUUAUAUAACUAUAGGAAUGAUCUGCAUUUUCAUUGGAGUAGGUUUAACAGUCGGUACUCGGGACUUUGCCAGACGUUACAACGCCACCUACGUGUCCUGGGCCUUUGCCUACCUGCUGGGUCUCAUCUGUCUGAUACGAGCCUGCUACUGGGGGGCUAUCAAAGUCAGCUACCCAGAAAACAGCUUCGCCUAGAGCGAAGAUGAGAGCCGCUGAAAGUGCAAACUCCUCUUUUGUUUUAUUUUUUAAAUAUUUUCCCAUCUUCUUCAGAUAUUAAGUAGUCAGGUUGAGUGUAGAAGCAAAGGGGGUGUGGAGAAGUGUUUGCUCGGAGAAACAUAUGGGGAAGGUGUGGUUUGUCGUUUAUGGUUGGAAUGUUUUUGGCGUCUGUCCAAAGCCGGUACGCAUUCAAAUCCUGACAAAGACUUGCAAAUAACGAAGAAUCAGAAACUUUUAAAGCUUGAUGUUCCCAUAUUUGGCGCACACCUUCAUUUAUAAAGUUGGCUCAAAACUCUGGUUAAAUUAGCAGUUUUGGACAAGUCUGUGACAAGUCCUCAUUUUAUUACCAGAUCCAAAUGAGACGUGCCCCCCAUUUCCCCCCCCCCCCCCCCCAUUUGCACUGACAUUUUAUGCAAAUAAAAUUGUUUUGCUGCUAGUUAAACCCCAGCUACUGUAAGUUGCACACUCAUACUCUGUUACAACCACUCUGUCAUAGUAUAUUAUAUUAUUUUAGUGCAUAAAAGUGUUGAUUUUUAAACAUGAUUGUCAUUAUAUACCUAUGCAUGCCAACUUUGCUGCCCAUUCUUAGUCUUGAAAGGUUUCAGAUAAAUAAAUAUCUAGUAAAACAUUAUUUUCGUUCUCUACCUACAGCUUUUACACCAUAUUACAGCAAUACCCUUUCCUGGUCAUUUUCCUAAACAGUGUUGUAAUCUGCUCUACAAUUCUCAAAGUGAUUCCAAAAAAACAUGGUGUGGCUCACAUUUGCAUGUUGCCUACUUCCUGUCGCUGAGGUGGUGUCUUGCUCCAUUUCACAGGGGGAUCAUGGCUGUUUUUGCUCCACUGCCGGUGCGUUCGAAUGUAAACCCUCCUUCCUCCGCUUAGAUCGCUGCUCUCCGACCUCCAGUGAACUCUGUGCUACAUCCCACCUCUUUAUCUCCAGCAGCUGGCACAGUUUGAACCUUGUUUUGAAUGUGAUGAUGAAGUAGAUACAACUGAGAAAAUACUUUGUACAUAGUUUGAUUUCAGUAAGAGUGGGUAAAGUCAGGCGGAAGGAAAAGAUGGUUCAUGAGUCUUUUUAAAAACAGAUAAUUUAUCAAUAAAAUGUAAAAACUUA